AUGACAACAUCUCCCGCCAUCAGGCAAAGACCUAUCGUCGCUGUCAUAGGCACGACUGGAGUCGGCAAAUCCAACUUGGCCGUCGCUCUAGCUCAAUCCUUGCAACCUCCCGAUUUUCCGUCAACAAGCAAUACUACUUUAUCGACGUCGAGUCUACGAUACCCAGCUGUCGUUCUCUCAGCCGACUCUAUGCAAUUGUACAAGGGUCUUGAUGUGGUAACGAACAAAAUGACCCAAGAGGAGAUGGGUGGAGUGGAACAUUGGGGCUUGAGCAUGGUAUCCCCUGGUGAAGGAGGUAGUUGGGAGGUGGGCAAAUGGUGCAACGAAGCGGAUAAUAAGAUAGCUACUUUACCUGAAGAUACGUUACCUAUCAUAUGCGGCGGAACGCAUUAUUUCAUUCAACAUUAUCUUUUUCCUCCUCCUGAACUUUCUUUCGAUAGACCUUCAUCCGCAAAAGGCAAGUCCCCAAUGAACGACCUUCGAUGGACACCACCUGGGCCUCGUCCAAAGAUACCAGAGAACCUCAACGCAGAACAGAUCCAUUUAUUGGAUUCAUUCUGGACGCCUACGCCAAAAUGGCCUUCAAGCGUCAUCCCUGACGACAUCGAGACUUCAUCUGAGCCCUCUUGCUCCCGACCUAGGAGACCGACGGUGAGUGAAGAUGCCCAGCUACUGGCAUUGCAUCAGCUACUGUGUGCGUUGGACCCGAAAGAGGGAGGAAGAUGGCAUUGGCGUGAUGGCAGGAAGGUCAGACGAGGUCUAGAAAGAUGGUGGGAACGCGGAGGUCCAAUAGAGGCUCCUGAAACCUUGUAUGAGAAGCUAAAGGAUGGGGUGUAUCCUCAAGGGAGGAAGGCAAGAUUCCGUACAUUAAUUUUCUGGGUGUACGAGCCGCUUGAGUACCUGCGACCUCGUCUGGGUAAGCGGGUAGAAAAAAUGGUCGAGAACGGACUGCUUAGGGAGAUAGUGGAACUGCGGGACAUCGCAAAACGGAUAUAUGGGACAACUGAAGCUACCGAUCAUACCGAAGGGAUAUUCCAAUCGAUUGGAUAUAAGGAAUUUGCAUCACUGUCUUUACCUCAGUCGAAUCCAACGACAGAUCCAGCAUACGCCCUCGCUCUGGAACGGACAAAGUUGUCGACGCAUCAAUAUGCCAAAUCUCAGCUUAAGUGGGUUAAGAAGCAACUGCUACCCGCUGUAAAAGAAGCAAGAUCGUUAGGUGGAGAAGUGGAGGUGUAUGUUGUCAAUGGUGGAGAAAAGGGUAUUGAUCCAGCUCUGAAGGUCUUGAAGGCUUUCAUGGCAGGAGAGGCGCUACCCAGAGCCGAAGAUGUCGGUCAUCCAGACACCUCAUCUAUUUUAGAAAUUCUGGACGAUCUGAGCGAAAGCAAAGUGCCUGAUACAGCUGAGCGACAAGAUCUGAACGCCCGAAAAGAUUGCGAAGCUUGUUCUUCACCUGGUCGUCCGUAUUCAUUGAGCCUGAAAGAGUGGGAUGCUCAUGUCAAAUCAAGAUUCCAUAAACGCAAUGUCAACCCAAUCAAGAGAAACAAAGAAGAAUGGAUCGCUCAGCAGCGAGCUUCCGGGGAAGCCAAGCGUGCUGAGAGGGAUCGUCUGAAGGAGGAGCUAUCUGCGCUCAACCAGCAGCAGCAGCAGCAGCCACAGGAGUGA